CCGAAAUUCUGUCGUUCCAUUCCAAACUUGGUUCUUUUACAGCUUCUAGUGAAACAAAAAUCUUCUCGAGAGGUCAUAUUCAGUUAACUGACAUAGAACUGAACUAGCUUCAUUUUGUUAAGAAAGAUAUAAAAAUGGAAUUUUUUGGUAAAAUAUGAAAAUUGAAAUCAGUUUAAGCUGAAAGUGUAUAAAAAUAGUAAAUAAGUCACUAUAAGAGUGGCCAAUUCCAUUUCCAAAGAAGAAUCAUACCAAAGGCCUUCUUUCAUCGAUCAUCUUCCCACAGGCAAGAAAUUAGUGUCGACCUUUGUAUUCAUCUCGUUCCUCCUAGCCAAUGCACUGUCCAUCGUCUGCUUCGCACCGCCCUCUCAGCCCGAACAUAUCUUCCUUUUGGCGGGGCAGAGCAACAUGGUGGGCCGUGGCGGUGUCCACGAAGAGGCCGGCCAUCGCUUAGUGUGGAACGGAAUCGUACCUGAGGAGUUCAAACCCAAUGACUCGAUCAUGCGGCUUGAUGUGGACAUGAACUGGGUCGAGGCUGAGGAGCCAAUCCAUGCCGGCAUAUACAAGAUACAACCUGUUACGGGUCUCGGGCCUGCGAUGCCAUUUGCCAAGGGGAUCCUGGAACGCAACCCAAGCUAUGGAACUAUUGGGCUCGUCCCGUGUGCCCUGGAUGGGAGCAGCAUAAGCAGGUGGCAGCGGGGGAGGUACGUGUACGGUAACUUGACGACGAGAGCCGAGGCAGCAGUGAAGAGCGGUGGCAAGAUGGAAGCACUCCUGUGGUGGCAGGGCGGAGCAGAUUCGGAUAACAUAGACAAAGCACGCAAAUACAAGGAGGACCUGACCAAGUUCUUCCAAGAUAUCCGAGCCGAUCUUAAGUUGCCAAAGCUUCUAAUCAUUCAGGUCGUGAUACCGCCGGGGAGGAAACCAUUUACUGGUAUAGUCCGAGAGGCUCAGUUGUCACUGAACGUUCCGAAUGUGGAGAACGUCAAUCCACACGUCCUGCCCUUGGAAGCAGAUGGAAUCCAUGUGACUGCUCAAGCCCAGGUUACAGUGGGCAAGCUUCUAUCCAACAAGUUCCUCGAGGUGACCAGCAAGAAAACUACAACUCAGUGACGAGGAAGCUGUCGCAUUACGGUGUACUGAAUUAUCGAGGAAAAGCACUGCUCGCUAUCCAUCACAUGUCCAUUAAUCCAUCAAUCCGGCCACAUGAAUGAUUAAAUCAGUCAGUUACUGUAAUACCGAGAACUUUGUACUGAGAUUUGCCAAGGCUAUGAGAGACCUUAUAAGCUCAAUAUGUAGAGAACAUAUCCGCUGUCACUCAUCAUUUCAUUGUCAUUGUCAUUGUUAAUCCCAUUGUAACGAGUCUUCCUGACACUUUUAUAUAUGCAAGAUUUUCUCUUUAAUUUUCAA